CCUUCUUUAUAUAUACAUCUGUAUCCCCCCGUAUGGUCUGGAGUUGUGUCCAUCCACCGACCCCUCAAUCCUUCCUUUGGGUUCCCAGUGACCAGAAAUAUUGACCUGGGCUUCGAUUUGCGAUCAAAAUACCCAUACGAAAUCAACAUGUCGCCCAACACGCCGCGGCCUCUCCACACGGGCUUUCCCGUCCAGCAGCUGAUAAUUCUUGCAUUAUGUCGAAUCUGCGAACCCAUUUCGUUCACGUCCAUCUUCCCUUACAUCUACCAGAUGAUCGAAGGCUUCGGCAUUGCGAAAAACGAGAACGAAAUUGGAAUCUAUGCGGGGAUGGUGACGUCCGCAUUUGCAAUCGCGGAGUUUUCGACCGGAAUGUUGUGGGGUCGGAUUUCGGACCGGAUUGGACGGAAGCCGGUACUAAUUAUUGGUCUGGUUGGAACGCUCAUUAGCAUGUUGAUCUUCGGGUUUGCCAAGAGCUUGUCGGUUGCUCUGAUCGCCAGGGCCCUAGGUGGUGGAUUGAAUGGAAAUAUCGGUGUCAUCCAGACGGCGGUGGCCGAGCUUGUGAGGGAGAAGGAACAUCAGCCGCGGGCAUUUGCAAUCAUGCCUUUCAUCUGGUGUCUUGGUUCGAUUGUCGGCCCGGCUCUCGGUGGGCUCCUGGCCCAGCCGACCAAAUUCUACCCUGGCGUCUUCCCUCCCGGUGGAUUGUUGGAGGAAUACCCGUAUCUCCUCCCGAAUAUGGUUUCCUCGAUUGUGUUGGUUUUUGGAAUCGCCAAUGGAAUCCUCUUCCUGGACGAAACCCACGAUGUGCUGCGAAACAAGCGGGAUUACGGACGGGAGCUCGGAGACAAGCUCGUGAACCUGUUCAAAUGGCGGAAGGCAGACGAGAGCGAAUCCAGCCCACUGCUGGUUGACAGCGCCGCAAACUAUAAUGGAACUGGUAGCGGCAGCAGCGAGGAAAGCGUUGAGGAUAGCAUCAACGCAAAGCCCAAAAGGAUCCCCUCGGUUUCCAGAGCUUUCACUCGCCCAGUGAUCGGAUUGGUCCUCUCCUACGGAAUCCUCGCUUACCAUACCAUGGGCUUCGAGCAGUUGAUGCCCGUCUUCCUCUCCACCCCAGUCCCAGACGAGAAGCCGCACAAUCUCUUCUUCUUCACCGGAGGACUGGGAAUGACCACGCAAAACAUCGGCUUCAUCCUCUCGAUGCAAGGUCUCUUCUCGAUGUGCGCGCAGUUCGUCGUCUUCCCUCCGGUAGCCAGAACCUUCGGUGUCCUCAGCGUCUACCGCUUCUGCAUGUUCACCUACGCCAUCUGCUAUAUCGUCGUGCCCUACCUCGUCUGGCUGCCGGAGGGCAAUAUGCAGACCGCCGGCGUGUACGCCGUCCUCGCCGUCAAGAUCAUGUACGGAGUCCUCGCCUACCCGUGCAACGCAAUCCUGAUCACCAACUCUGCACCUUCUCUCCUGGUCCUCGGCGCCAUCAAUGGCAUCGCAAGCAGCUGCGCAAGUCUUGCCCGCGCUUUCUCCCCAACCGUCACAGGAAUUGUGUACAGCUACGGUCUCAACAUUGACUGCGUCGGCCUCGCCUGGUGGGUAAACGCCAUUGUCUGCCUUAUCGGCGCCAUCCAGGCUAUCUCGAUGCGGCAGGACGAUCUCGACCGCCAUGCGGAGGACCUUGACGAUCUUGUCUCUUUGAUGGACGAGGAGCACGCAGCAGGCCACGACUCCAACGUCGAAUCCCACAUCCCCGGCAUGGACGCGAACACACAGAUGAUCGGUACUGCAGACGAGACAUUCGAUGAGUAUGGACUUGUGCGGUCGGUCAUCGAGGCCGAUAUGGAUCUUCUGUCGGCGAGUCUGCCACCGGAUACCACGCUAGGAUCACUGGCGAGAUUGGAUGUGAGGAUGUCGGAGCGUGCAAACUAAAAGUUGUGUUGUGUUCGUUUGGCUUACGAUGAGCAGGGUGACCAUGUGAAAGAACAGCGAUGAGUUUUGAUGCAACAAAUUGUAGAUAUUUCGACCCUGUUGCGUUAUUUUCGACAAAGCGAUUUUUGCAUGCGAUUGGCCGU